AUGAACUCCAAGAUGAAGACUCCAGCCGAAGUGGACCAGUCACGAGCCCCCGGGAGCCUCGACAUGGAGCAUACUGAGACCUACAUCGAUCCAGUGAUCCAGAAGCGGACUCUGCUAAAGCUUGACACGGCUGUGUUGGGUUGCUUCGGCAUUAUGUAUCUUCUGGCAAACCUGGAUAGAAACAAUUUGGGCGCCACCAACAUCAUGGGGCUUCCAGAAGACCUCAACCUCAAGGGCAACCAGUUCGGUAAUGCGGUCACUGUCUUCUACGCCACCUAUGUCGCCUUCGAGACGCCCCUUACCGUCCUCAUGAAGGUGAUGGGAGCCAAGAACCUCCUGUCCAUGUGCAUGUUUGGCUGGGGGGUGGUCUGCCUAGGCACCGGCUUCGUCCAAAACGCACAGCAGCUCUACGCGUGCCGGAUCCUAUUGGGCAUGUUUGAGGCCGGCCUCAUCCCUUGCAUCAACGCCUACAUCGGCAUGGUCUACCUCAGGUCCGAGAUGUCGAUGCGCUCUGCCGUCUACUACUCCUUUAGCGCCAUCGCGGGCGCGUUUGGCGGCCUGCUGGCCUCGGCUGUGUCCAAUGUCCAUCACGCCGGCCUCGCCUCGUGGUCAUGGCUCUUCAUCAUCGAGGGCAUCAUCACCGUGUCCCUCGUGCCGGUCAUCUUCUUCAUCUUCCCCAAGGACCCGCGCACGGCCUGGUUCCUCAACGAGGAGGAGCGCAACGUCAUGCGCCUACGCCACGAGCUCAACCCGCACCUGGCCGUGGAGGAGGAGUUCAGCUGGUCCAAGGUGCUGAGCGCCUUUAAAGACCCCAAGCUGUACACGUAUGCCGUCACCGAGUUCGCCGUCGACCUCUCGCUGUUCAGUCUGUCGACCUUCAUGCCUACCAUCAUCAAGGGCAUGGGCUACACCAGCGUUCACGCGCAGCUCCUCACCGUCCCGGUGUAUGCGGGGACUACGAUCUCGUUCUAUCUCAUUGCCUUUUUCUCCGACCGCGCCGGCAUGCGCAGCCCCUUCCUCCUACUUGCUUGCCUGGCUCUUGUUAUUGGCUACGCCGUCAUGCUGGGCACAGCCAACAACGCUGCCCGCUACGUGGCACUUUUCAUCCUUGGGGUCGGUCUCUAUACGACGACCGGCAUGAACAUUGUCUGGCUCAAUGGCAACUUUGCCGGCCAUUAUAAGCGCUCCACGGCUGUUGGUUUCGCCCUCAGCGUCGGCAAUACCUCUGGCGUUGUUGUUGGCCAGAUCUUCACCGCCAAGACGGCACCGCGCUACCUCUACGGCAUCAAAGUCGUCCUUGGCUUUACCGCGGUGGCCAUGAUCCUCAUCAUGGCGCAGACCGCAUGCCUGCACUGGGUCAACAAGAAACGCAAGGCCAGGGUGGCUGCUCGAGACCCUUGCGUCUUGACCGGUGCUGAUAAUGCAAAGAAGGAGGUCACCGACUUUGACGAUGAUUUUGUUUACACCUUGUAA